AUGUCCAAUGCAGCGGCUGGGCCAUCAAGCGUCGCGGGCCCAACCCACGCUGCGGCCGACAAUGUUGUUGACGAGGACGCCGACAAGGAGCGCUGCUGCAUCUGCCUUACAACGCUCGUGGAUCGCACAGCAGCAGGAGAGUGUGGACACGAGUUCUGUUUUACCUGCAUAGGUGUGUGGGCCAACCAGUCGCGACGAUGUCCGCUUUGCAACGCACCAAUGUCCGACUGCCUCCUGCACGACCUCGGCUCUGCGAUGCCGACAAAGUUCUUUCUCCCUCCCCUCCCCGAACGCCCGUUUGCGCGUCGCCGCGUUGCCUCUCCCUCUCCGACACGCAAGGACGCUUGGCGCGCCGAGCAGGCAGCAGUGGCUCGUCGGAGAGAUGUCUAUGCGCGCGGACUGUUCGCCAAGCAUGUUGCAAGUAAUGGCUACACAGGCUUCCGAGCCAACCCGUCCCCCCGCGACAUUACGAAGGACGGAGCAACCGCCGAGCGUGCACGCCUGUUCCUCCGCAGAGAGCUGCGUGUGUGGGCCCCACCCGACGACGUCGACGGCCUCGUUGACCACAUUGUCGCAUUCCUCCGCUCUGUUGACGUCCGAUCGGAAGCGAGCGUGCGCUUCCUGGAGCCGCUUGUCGACGAGACGUAUCCACAGGCUGCGGAACAUUUGGCUCACGAGCUGUACGCCUUUUUGCGGUCGCCCUACGCCGAGCUAGCCGCAUACGAUGAGGUUGUGCAGUACGAUCUACAACCCAGCCGACCUUUCCUCGAGGCUCAAAGAGGUCGUUUGUCAUCGCACUCGCUCAGCGCCACGAGUUCUGGCCGUUCCGAGUCCCGCGGGCGCUCGCACUCCAGUGACGAUUCGUCAGCAUACUCGCGCUCGCCAUCAAGACGCCGGCGGUCCCGCUCGCGUGACAUCACACGCUCCGACAUAUUCCGCCCUGAGCCAGCACGAGGCGAGCGGCGCUGGGACCAAGCCGACUCUUGGGUGGACCCAGAGUACGCCGCCGAAGUUGGACGAAGGGACAAGCGGCGACGACGCAAGGAACAGCGUGCGCGCGCCAGGGAGAGGAAGCGCGAGGCCGCCAGUGCGGCUGCUCUCGCGGUGGACCACGGAUUGACACUGGAUCCUGCUAUCCCAGCUGCUGGCAUCAAUAUCAAGGGUGCAGCCGAGAGACGACAGAGCCUGCUUGAGCGCUUGGCAAUUGCCAAGGGACAUGUGAGUGACAUCGUGUCGGAUGCAUCUGCGGAGACUCCACCCCCGGCCACUCCGCCUCCCGACAGCGAGCAACGGGCCAAGGAACUACGCGACAAGUUGAUCGCCGAGCGUAAACGCAAGGCACUCCGCGAACAACUCUUGUCACGCAAAAAGGCCAAGACCGGUGAAGAGGAACUUUCAGAAGAGGCGGUGGCAGUAGUGCCGUAG